UUAAAGAGAGUAAAAUAACACAAGAUCUUUAGAGCUGAGUAACCGCCUCUGAACAAACAUAGCAGCACCAACCAUCUGUAUCCCAGUUUAAAGAGGCAGGAUUCUGACUGUACCCACUAACAGUGUUUUAAUCUCUGACGAGUCCACAGGCAGCGCCGUCAAAACGGUCUUCAUUCAUUAGAGACAAUGGGCAAAGAUUAUUACAAGAUUUUGGGAAUUCCGAAAGGGUCAUCGGACGACGAUAUCAAAAAGGCGUACAGAAAACAGGCUCUGAAAUGGCAUCCUGACAAAAACAAGGCGGCCAAUGCGGAGGAGAAAUUCAAGGAGGUCGCGGAGGCUUAUGAAGUUCUUAGUGAUCCAAAGAAAAGAGAAAUAUAUGACCAAUACGGCGAAGAAGGGCUUAAAGGAGGUGGAGGUGCGACGGACGGGCCAGGUGGCAACUUCACCUACACCUUCCAUGGAGAUCCUCAUGCGACGUUUGCCACGUUUUUCGGGGGCGCCAAUCCUUUCGAGAUAUUUUUCGGCAGAAAAGUUAAUGGACGAGAUGACGAUGGCAUGGAGGUGGACGGAAGUGACCCCUUUGGUUCUUUUACUAGUUUUAACGUCAGUGGAUUUCCACGCGAGCGGCACAUUGGUCAGGGCGGCCCGCCGCGCAGAAAACAAGACCCCGCGAUCCACCACGAGCUCCGGGUGACUUUGGAGGAGGUUUUUCAUGGGUGCACCAAGCGCAUGAAGAUCUCACGCAAGCGCUUGAAUCCAGAUGGUCGGACAAUGAGAACCGAGGACAAAAUCCUUACUAUUGAGAUCAAGCGUGGCUGGAAAGAAGGAACCAAAAUCACGUUCCCACGCGAAGGCGACGAAUCGCCCAGCACGAUUCCCGCUGAUAUUGUGUUUGUCAUCAAGGACAAGCCUCACGCCCACUUUAAACGAGAGGGCUCUGAUAUCGUGUACCCGGUUCGGGUCAGUUUGCGCCAGUCAUUGUGUGGCUGCUCUGUCACCGUGUCAACAAUAGAUGGUAAAACAUGCAAUAUGAAGAUAACCGAUGUCAUCAAACCAGGCAUGAGGAAGAUAAUUGCUGGACAAGGAUUGCCCUUCCCAAAGAACUCAGAACAAAGAGGGGACCUCAUUGUAGAGUUUGAUGUGCACUUUCCUGACAGUCUGCCAUCCAAUGCCAAGGAUGUCCUGAAACGGCACUUACCAACCUCAUAAACUGAGGUUGGAUAGACUGUAGUGACAUUUCUAUAUGAACAAUUUGGUCCUCUUUUUAGGUGGACGAUGAUGACAAAUCCGUUUUUAGAAUGUGCAAUUUCUAUUUUUAUCUAAUUGUUUAUUCUGUAUAGUCUACAUGCUGUAUGUCUAAUACAUCUACUGUACGUAUAUACACUCUCUGAGCACUUCAUUAGGAACAUUAAGACUGUAAUAAAGUGCCUGAUGAGGUCUUCUGCUUUUGUAGCCCAUCCGUCUCAAGGUUCAACGUGUUGUGCAUUCAGAGAUGCUAUUCUGCUCACUACAAUUGUACAGAGUGGUUAUCUAAGUUACCGUAGCCUUUCUGUCAGCUCGAACUAGUCUGACCAUUCUCCGUUGACCUCUCUCAUCAACAAGGUGUUUCCUUCCGCAGAACUGCCACUUACUGGAUGUUUUUUUGGCACCAUUCGGAGUAAACUCUAGAGACUGUUGUGCAUAAAAAUCCCAGAUCAUCAACAGUUACAGAAAUACUCAAACCAGCCCGUCUGACACCAACAAUCAUGCCACAGUUGAAAUCACUAAGAUACAUUUUUUUCCCCAUUCUGUUGGUUGAUGUGAUCAUUAAAUGAAGCUCCUGACCCAUUUCUGACUGAUUUUAUGCAUUGCACUGCUGCCACACAAUUGGCUGAUUAGAUAAUCGCAUGAAUAAGUAGGUGUACAAGUGUAAAUAAAAGUAAAUAAAGUGCUCAUUGAGUGUGUGUAUAUAUAUAUAUAUUAAUUACAUUGCAUGCCUAUGUACAGUAUGUCAGUGACAGUGCAAGCUUAAAGUGCAAUCUAUGUCAAUCUAUUGGCUUUUGUUCCCCCUUCAAUUCAAUUGUGCAGUAUUAUCUUAAAACAUUUUAUUGCAACUUUAUACCGUAUCAGUAUUACACAGAGUAAAUUUUAAAGAUGUUUUUGUUUGCCUUUUUCUGUGUUUUACAUUUCUUAGUACUGUUACAGGUCAUGUACUGUUAGUCAGUUCAAGUUACACGGUGACUUGCUAAAUGCAAUGAAGGACAAUGGAUGGUAUUCAUGGUAGGUAUUCUAAACAUUUAGCUAUACUCAAAUGCCUUUUUCAGGUCUGAUAUGUCAGAUCCAAGUGCGAGCAAUUUUGUCUUUGACAGAGACCAAAAUAUUUAAUUGAAGUGGUUACUUGUGCUCUGGGUUCACAUAUACCACAUGUAUUCAUGGAAAAUCAUGGAAAGUUGUAGUCUUUGAAUAAUCAUAAUUAUUUGAACUUACAUUACAAGUCUUUUUGCCAAUUUUCUUCUCCUAGUGUUUUGUGUUUGGAAGGCAGUUUCUGGAAAAAUUAUUAUGAUACAAUUAAUAAAAAUCAUAC